AUGUCAGAUAUGGAAGAAUUGGAAGUCAAAACCAAGCAGCAUACUCCUCAACUAUUUUUAGAAUCUGAAGACAAGACGGAUGAGGCUAGAGGUACAUUUAGUGAACUUCAAGAAUGUACAUACUCUUCUAAGAUCAUUGGGUCCUCCGGACAACAUGAACAUAUGACCUGUGAUUGUUAUGAAAAUUGGAAUUCAGAGACACAGCAAAAUAUGGCGUGUGGCGAAGAUUCAGAUUGUAUCAAUAGGGUGACUUCAGUCGAAUGUAGUAAUAAAUUCUGUACUUGUGGAAAUGACUGUCAAAAUCAAAGAUUUCAGAAAAAACAAUAUGCUAAUGUAACCGUAAUUCAGACGGAAUUAAAAGGAUACGGUUUGAGGGCCAACGAAAAUAUUUCAGAAUCAAGCUUCAUCUACGAAUAUAUAGGUGAGGUGAUUGACGAAGAAAGCUUCAGGAAAAGAAUGGUUGAUUAUGAUACUAUGAAGUUGAAGCAUUUUUAUUUUAUGAUGUUAAAAAAAGAUUCAUUUAUUGAUGCAACUAUGAAAGGUUCAUUAGCUCGGUUUUGUAACCAUUCAUGUAACCCAAAUGCAUAUGUUGAUAAAUGGGUUGUUGGUGAUAAGUUGAGAAUGGGUAUAUUUUCCAAGAGAAAUAUUCAAAAAGGAGAAGAAAUAACCUUCGAUUAUAAUGUUGAUAGAUAUGGUGCACAAUCUCAACCAUGCUAUUGUGGUGAACCAAAUUGUAUUAAGUGGAUGGGUGGAAAAACUCAAACUGAUGCUGCGUUAUUAUUACCGGAUGGAAUUUCUGAGGCAUUAGGUGUUACUCAUAAACAGGAAAGACAAUGGUUGAAGGAAAAUAAGCAUCUUAGGUCCAAACAACAGAGCGAUGAAUCAAUUAUUAACGAAGCAUUCGUUAAAUCAAUAGAGGUUUCGGCCUUAACUGAGGGUGAUGUUUCGAAGGUAAUGGGUGCUUUGAUGAGAGUCCAGGAUUUAAAUAUAACUCAAAAAUUAAUACAGAGGAUAUAUUUGACAAACGAUGAUAAUAUAAACUCUUCUAUUAUAAGAGUUCAUGGUUAUAAGACUUUAUCACAAACCAUCAAAGCAUUCAAGGAUGAAGAUAAUGAACUUAUAAGUAAGAUUUUAAUUAUCUUAGCUAAAUGGCCGAAAGUGACUCGUAAUAAAAUUUCAUCUUCCCAGAUUGAGGACGUUGUUAAAGAUAUAAAUGCUAAUAGUAAUGACGACAACUUGAAAAAGUUGUCAUCAGAUCUACUUGCUGAAUGGGGCAAGUUACAAAUGGCGUAUAGAAUUCCCAAGAAUGUUGGAAACGAUAAAGGGUCCAACUCGCCUGCAUUGUACGGUAGAAAUGCAAGAUCAAGAUCUAGAUCUAGAUCACCAGAUAGAGGAAAAUCCUCUGAACCGCAGCAUGUGGAAACUGACGAGACAUUACCAGAUGGUUGGCAAACUGCAUUUGACCCUAAUACUCAAACCAAUUAUUAUUAUCAUGCUGAGCUAGGACUUUCUAAAUGGGAAAGGCCAACUAAGGAAGUUCCAAAGGGCCCGAAGGGCCCAAAACCUAUUCUUUACAAUGAGCCAGCGAAAAGACCAAUUCUGGGAAGCAAUGGAAGGAAUUACAAUGAGGAGGAACUUGCAAGGAGAGAAGAAGAAAGGUUGAAAAAAGAAAAGGAGGAACAAUUCAGAGAAAUUCAACAAAAAGAAAGACUUUUGCAGGAAUUGAUUCUUCAAUCCCAGAAGGAGCUAGAGGAGAAAAAAUCGCUCGAAGAGAAGACAAAACUAGAGAAACUUGAGAAAGAAAAAGAAAGACAAGCCCUUAAACGUAAGAAGCUCAAAAAAUCUAAGUCAUCUAUACCUCCAGCGCCACCAGUACCAAUUGAAACGCAAUGGACUAAAACUUUUGCUAAACAUGUUCCUAACUUCCUUAAAAAAUAUGAAGCAGAGAUUGGUAGGGAUAAUAUCAAAGGAUGUGCGAAGGAGUUAGUAAAAACGUUGGUAGCUAAAGAAAUGAAAAAGCAUUCAGAUACUAAACCUCCUAAAGAGUUAGAUAAUGCAAAAUUAAAAAAAAUUAAAGAAUACUCGAAGAUGUUCAUGGAAAAGUUUUUAAUUAAAUAUAGAUCCAAGCAUGAUAAGAAGAGAAAUCACGAUGAAGAAAAUGGAGGAACUAAGAGGGUAAAAGCAGAUGUCGAGUAG